CCAUACAAAAGAGUUCCAAAGGAAGUAAAACAACUUCUCCACAGCGAAUGGUUGACCAAGUUUGUGCCAGGGGUGUACACGGCAGUGUUCUGUUUGUCCCUCCCUCUGAAUAUUGCAGCAGCUUUGAUAUUCUUGAUUAAGAUAAAAGUUAAAAAGCCAGCAGUGGUGUACAUGCUAAAUCUGACAAUUGCAGAUUUGCUAUUUGUUUGUAUGAUGCCUUUCAAUAUUCUGUAUAGAUUUUCUGGAAAUAACUGGCGGGCUGGAGAAGCGUUAUGCCAUAUUGUCAUUGCAGCAUUUUAUUUCAACAUGUAUAGCUCUAUCCUGCUUAUUACAAGUAUGAGUGUGGACAAGUUCUUGGCUGUCAUUUAUCCAAUACAGUCCCUCUCCUGGCGUUCUAUGACUAGGGCAUGGAUAAUAUGUUUCUUUAUCUGGCUGAUAUCCAUAGCAAGCACCGUGCCACUUUUUAUAACUCAACAAAUCUUCUACAUUGAUAUCUUGGCUAUUACCACUUGCCAUGAUGUGCGAAAUGACAAGGAAGUGGGCAGCUUCUAUCGGUACUAUUUCAGCACUUUUACGGCACUUUUCUUUUUCUUACCUCUUAUCAUCACAGCUUUUUGUUAUGCUGCAACCAUCAAAAGAUUAAGUUCUUCCAAAAUGGGUAACACAGAUAGGAAAAAACAAGCUGUUGUUUUAGCCAUUAUUGUCCUUUGUAUAUUUGUAAUUUGUUUUGGGCCAGCAAAUCUCAUUUUUUUUGUUCAUAAUCUCCAAAUUGCUAAUACGCCUGCUUCUAAGCUGUAUUUAGCUUACUUAGUAUGUACCGCCAUUAGCAGCGUCAGUACCACUCUUAAUCCUCUGUUGUAUUUUGUUGCAUCAUCAAAGUUCCAGAGUAUUCUGUGUUGCAAAAAAGAUUCUGAUGUACAACAAUCAAGUACAAAGGAGUAA